AUGGCUUCCUUCGUGAAAACAAUCUCAUUUUUCAUCCUUCUGGUGCUUUUCACUUCUCUGCAAAUUGAAGCCAGCGACAGAUUGUUCUUCAGCAAAGUUAGCGGUUCCAACAACAAUUACAAUGCCAAGGAUCCCAAGAUCCCCCUUAGUUACCAACAAGAGGCUAAACCUUCACCAGAAGUUGCAGCACUAACAACCCAGGCACAAAAAGUGGCUGUUGAUCCACCAAAGAAACCAAUGUUCUCUCGCAACCAAUAUGAAAGCUUAUUCGGUUCUACAGAUGACACAUCGGCUGCCAUUGGUACCAGCUCAAACAGCGACAAUGGCAAGAAAAAAAACAACAAUGGGGAUAACUUCAUUUACAAUAUGGAAAGUGACUUCAAUGGCAAUGGCAAUGGCGAUGACAACAUCGGGGGUGAGAUUAAGCAGCAAGGGCUCAGUGAUACAAGGUUUUUGGAACAUGGUCGUUACAUUGUUGAUAAAAAUAGGUUCAAUGACACUGCACGGAGAGGAAGCGCUGGUAAUGAGGGUUUUGAUGGCAAGAGCGGGAAGCAGAACGAGUUCUACUCCUUGGAGGAAUAUGAGAAGUACCUGCAGAGGACCGGAUAUCUUCCUUGA